CGACAGCCGGGAGAGGGCAGCAAACAACAUCCGCGAAAUAUAAACUUUGCUUGGAUUACACUGUCAAUAAUCAGAAGGUAUGGAUUCUGUAAGGAGAAAUAAGAGGCGAUCUCUGGCAGUAGAUGACAAUGUAACUCCAAGGACACUGAUCCAGGGGUUCCUCCAAACGGCACAGACGAUUCGUCAGUCGCCCAGAAAGAGGGCCCGGAUGACCCCCUCUCGCACCCCUGGAGCAACCCCUUCAUCAGUCAGGGGUGCAAAGACACCACGUACUCUCCCCAAACCUGCCCCAUCAAACAGACGUAGAUCUAACCGGCUAGAGACUUUAGCAACUCCAGGUGGUAGCAACCCAACACCAAGAGGGCUUAUCACAGGAUUCUUGAAAGCAGCUGACAUCCAGACACCUGCAGUGCACAUAGGUACCAGACGCUCUUCACCUCUCAAGCAACCUACACCAUCAGUACAAAGGAAUGCAUUUCAGGACAGAGCUGAGAGCACAAACUCAUCCUCUGUAGAGUCUCCCAUCGACCAUGCUCUCUCACGCUUCAUCAGACCGCAGCAGAGAGAGAGGCGAGGGAGAAGACAACAUGCCAUCGACAGGGAGGAAUUUGCAGAGAGAGUGAGAGAUAGGAUCGGGCAAGAGGAGAGUGAGGUCACAACGGAUGAAGACGAGAUGGAAAGGUCUAGGGAUGCCACUGGGAACAGAACACAGCUGGAUAGCAUCGCAGAAGAAGGGCGUGAUAGUUCACCUCCAAAAAAAGGCUAUAGAAUACAGAGUUUUGUUGAAGACCCAGCUAGUGAAAGGUCAAGUCGUAGUUCAAGGAGCCGUAGAUCGCUGCUGCUAGAGAAUUCAUCAUUCCAGGUUCCAUCUGCUAAGGUCCCAGAUGACUCGGUGUCAGAGAUGAGAGAUUCAAAGGCAUCCCACCUCAGUGGCUCCUUAGAGGAAGACUCCAUCAUGGUGCAAGCCAGCCAGGAGACCAUAAGGGUACCACAUUCCUCCCAUAGUGACUCAGAUAAUGAAGAAAGAGGAGAUGAAUCCAGACAAGAUGAAUCGAGGCGGGAGGAAUCGAGACAAGACGAAUCAAAGACAGUGGAAGAGGGACUGCCACAAGGAAAUGAAACGGACAAUGAGACAAACGAUGAAACGCCUGAUGAUGGAAUGGAUCAGGAAGAAGAGAUGGAUAUUGAAGAUGAUGAUGGUGUCUUUGAUGAGGAAAAUGUCAUUGCACCUACUCAACCGACACAAUUACACAGUGCUAUCAAGGGUUCGAGAUCUUACAUGGCCUCUCCUUUGAAUACACCACACUUGAGGGAUAGAGGAAAACACCCUACCCCAGAGAUUAGGAGACCAACAUCACUCAGAGAGACGUCAAACAGGAAAGGCCCGGUUCCUGUCUACCGGAAGGAUAUCCCAAAGAAACCUGCAGUUCCAGGAUCAAGGAAGCCCCCAACUGCACCCAGCCUACCUAAGAGCCUGACAAGGGGUAUCUUCACACACUUCUCCAAGGCAAGAGUUCCCCGUAAUGCCUUGACUGCGCUUGAUGAAGUUUCAAGUAAGUUUUUCAAGAACGUAUCCAAAGAUCUGAUGGCCUAUUGUAAGCAUGCUGGGAGGCAAACCAUAGAGCAAGCUGAUGUUGAACUCCUCAUGCAUAGGCAACGCCUAGUCUCGGACAAGGAGCCUCUACAGAGCCUCAUUGAGAAGUAUCUUCCAAUGGAAUACAGGGAGGAACUCAUUCCAAUCGCAAGGUCUGGAAAUAAAGUCUAUCCAAAGAUGCCAAAGAAAUGAAUAACUUUUGAAGAUUCAAAACAAUAUGAGCUUCCCAUUCAAAGCAUCAUUGAUAAGUAUCUUCCAUUGAAAUACUAUAAGCGAGAAGAGCGUAAAUGAUGUAUAGUGCACGGUCGUAGGGACGUAGGAUGAGCACAAUCAUCUUUCCAGACAUAAAGUGGUGCAUGGAUGUGAAUUUAUUUAGCAAGACAAAUUUUAUUUCUCAGAUCUUUAUCUUGGCAAAAGGUUCCAUUUUCCAUUAAUACAGCCCAAUCUGUAGCUUUGCGAAAUUCUAGCAAGUCUGGCUUAUUUGGGCAGGAGCUUGAUAUUUAAUAUUAAUUUCAGUUGCCGCAAGUAAGGCAAAUUGUGUAUCAUAAUUAUCAUGCUUCUGCAAGUCCUGUAUGCCUGUCCAUUAUCUUU